AUGUCUGCUUGUAGUAAAAUCCGAUACAUUGUUCGACUCCGUCAAAUGUUACGACGAUGGAGGAAGAAGGCCGCGAUGACUGCUCGUUGUCGCGUACCGUCUGAUGUACCCUCCGGACAUAUAGCAGUCACAGUAGGCACUGAUUGUAAGAGAUUUGUGGUGCGAGCGACGUAUCUAAACCACCCACUGUUCAAAAAAUUGCUAGCACGCGCUGAGGAGGAGUUUGGUUUUUCGAAUUCUGGUCCGUUAUAUAUUCCCUGCGAUGAAUCAUUGUUCGAAGAAAUAUUAUGUUACCUAGCUCGCUACGAAUCUGAUAAAAACAACGUUGGAUGUUUCAUCAAUUUCGAGGAUUUUCAAAGAUAUUGUCAUGUUGGUAUUCGGAGUAACCUCGAUUUCUGGGCUGAUUCCAGACCUCUUUUGAAUGGAAUCUCCGAUAAGUCCAUUUGGUAA